AUGUCGAAGACUUCAGUCCCUCUCAAAGAUCUCGUCGUUGGCGACAUCAUCUACGCCAACAUCAUAAUUGAUAAAGCAGACAUGGCAGACCCGAACUCGAAGUCGGGCACAGCGAAAAACAUCAAGGCUGGCAAACCUGUUAGACGGCUCUGCGUCGUGCUCGUCGCUGGAUCUUCGAGCGUCGUGGUCACCUAUCUGGCCACCUUCAACCAGUCUAAAACCUUACCAGCGAGUUUUACUGACAAGUCCUACUGGUAUCCCGUGAGCCCUGCCACGAAGGAAGGAACGUUAGAUCCCCUUCCUUCACUGAAUGGUACCGCUCAAUGGGUCAGCUUGCGGAAGAAACAGACUGUGACUGAAGACCCGGUCGAAAAAGUUACGGAGAAGUUCAGCGCGGCGUCGGUUAAACUCAUUCUCGCUGCAAUGAAGGCUUGA